AUGAAAGUUCAAAACGUAAUUUAUGUACGUAUUUCGCUUUACGAGUUUUGUCGUGUUUAUCAUACAAAACGUUAUGUUUAUAGUAAACACGAACAUGUGCUUAUCUAUUUCGGGGAAUCGGUCUCAUUAACUGUCUACGGUCGAUUAUCUAACUAUACAGCACUGACUAACACUAACACCGGUGAAGGUACCUCUGCAUGGACGUCGCAGGACAGCUCGUAUUACCAGCACCUGACGGUGGACUUGGGUGCGCGUAAAGAGGUGCGAGGUUUUGCCACCAGAGGGCGCUACGCCACUGAUGAAUAUGUCUCCGAGUAUAUGCUGCAAUAUUCCGACGAUGGCGAGAGUUGGAGGAUUGUCACCACCUCUGGUGGGGACGCUCAGAUGUUCGAAGGAAAUCAAGACGGAAACACUGUACAUAAGAACGAAUUUGAAGUGCCUAUUAUAGCUCAGUACAUUAGGGUGAACCCGAUGAGGUGGCGAGAUAAAAUCUCCAUGAGAGUAGAAGUGUAUGGAUGUGAUUACGGUAUGUUAUAUUAUAUUUUUAGAAAUAAUAACAUAUUUAUCAUGAAGUGA